UUUUCAGUUCUUUCUUUUUUUUUUUAUUAGAUAUAGUGGGGGAAAAUGUAUGUGUAUAAGUACAGAUGUAUAUACACAUAUGGACACAUACAUUGUGUUAGAAGUAUUUUUUUAGUUUUUCCCUUAUGGCUUAUUUUGUGUUCUGUUAAAUGCUUAUUCUAGUGUCUGUACUCUUGCUGCUGCCUUACAGAGCUCAGACUCUCCUUAGUUCUAGCUUCGGAUUGGUCUCUCUCUUAAAGUGCUGGCCAAGGGUUGGUUGCAGGGACUGCUGAAUAACAGGUGCAUUUUACUGCUUCGUCGCCUUUCAAAGAAGCAGCCGAGAAACGCUGGUGCAUCUGUUCUGUGGGUAGAGAGAAGCAAAAGAGACAAGGAGGCAGAUCCUCUGUGCAGGAAUGUUGCUAAUGAAAUAGACAAGGUGGGACACAUACGGAUGCUCGGGAAAAAAAAAAAGAAAAAAGAAGGCUGGGUUAUUUCUAUGGAAAGCAGCAGAGAAAAAAAGAGAAAUUGAAGAAAUGCAUGGAUAAAUAAUAUAAUGACAAAGCCCGGAUGGAUAGAAUUUUUUUAGCUGAUUCAGCAACAGCGGCUCCUAGCAUUCUGCUCUGUACAAGAAUCCCUGUUUCUAAUGGAGGAAUGUUUAUCCUUGCUUAUCGGUAAUUGUAAAUGCUGAUAUUUGGUUCUGCUUUCGUGGGGAGCUUACAUAAAUGCUGAUGUUUCAGCGUCUUAACACGGAUGCAUUUUGGGGGGUGAAAGGUAUAUAGGAUGAGUGAAGUGGCUGCCUCCACAUCACCACCUGUACGUCCGGCAGCUGCUGAAGAGGUGGCAGGUGGAAACUCCACCGAGGAAGAAGAUGGGGCACGUAACCCUCGGGAGGUACGCUGUAGUGACUGCAUUGUAUGGAACAGGCAGCAAACGUGGCUAUGUGUAGUUCCUCUGCUAAUUGGUUUCAUAGGCUUGGGUCUGAGUCUGAUGCUUUUAAAGUGGAUCGUAGUGGGAUCUGUAAAGGAUUAUGUCCCGACCGAUUUAAUGGAUUCCAAGGGUAUUGGCCAGGACCCAAUUUUCCUUUCAAAGCCAAGCUCUUUUCCCAAAAGUAUGGAGACCACAACUACUACGACAACAACAAGGACCCCCAAUCAAAUUAGCACUCGUUUGACUACAACAACUCGGGCACCAACUCGUACCCCAGGAAGCAAAAUACCUAUCCGGGCAAACCCUAGAACGACCACCGUGCGCCAUACAGUCGUCCCUCCUACAAUUAUUUCAACCACUGUCCCCCUUAUUACUACCACUUUUGUUUCACGCCCACUUCCAGGGACCCCCACCACCCAGCCAAUGCCCAUCUGGCCCACUGCGGAAUAUUCUACCUCUUCUUACAAAAUGUAUCUUCAUGAUUCUACCCAAACCUGGACAGAAUCUCAUUUUCAGGAGUCCACUACCACUCCAGAAACUACCACUCUGCCCAAAUAUCAUACGACCACUUAUCUCACCGAACGAUCAGAGCACUUUAAACCAUGUAAAGACAAGGAUCUUGCAUACUGUUUGAAUGAUGGUGAAUGCUUUGUGAUUGAGACCUUGACAGCAUCUCAUAAACAUUGCCGAUGCAAAGAGGGCUAUCAGGGUGUGCGCUGUGACCAGUUCUUGCCGAAAACCGAUUCAAUUUUAUCAGAUCCAACAGACCAUUUAGGAAUUGAAUUCAUGGAGAGUGAGGAGGUAUACCAACAGCAGAUCCUGUCGAUCUCCUGCAUUGUCUUUGGAAUAGUUGCUGUGGGUGUGAUUUGUGCUGUCUUCUACUGCAAGACAAAAAGACAGACAAAAAAAAUGCAAGAGCAAAUGAAAGAGAUACAAACUGGGAAAAACUACAGCCUUCAUGCGUCAAGUUUUUUAGUAAAAGGAAAAAGUCCUGGAGAAAAUAGAGUCCAGCUACAUAAUUAUUCUAAUUCAGAAAGGGAACCCGAACCUUUGCGAGGGAAAGUUAUGGAAUCCAGCUUUUCAGAAACACAGCCUUUCUCAGACCCCCUGCCACCAGACAGAGGAAACCAGUCAACGAAGCAUCACAGAAACCUUUCAUCAUGCUGCAGUCCCAGCCAAAGGACUAGGAUGCUGCACAGAAAUGCCUUUCGAAGAACUCCCCCGCUGCCCAGGGGCCGCCUCAAUGGAAUUACAGGACCAGCAUAUCAGCAACUGGAAGAGCCUGGGCUGAUAGAUCAGGACACAAUGACUUGCCAAGGGUGUUCGUCGACUGAUUUGAAUCAUUUACAGAAUAAUUCAAUAAAUAUGCAACCGCGCUCAAGAGAAUCACAAUCCUAUUUUAAUAACACAUCUCAAAAGGACUCAGCCAGUUAUUCAACAUCUAGAGCCAACUCUAUCCCAAUCAUACCCUCAGUGGGGCUAGAUGAUGCCUGCAUGCAAAUGCAUAGUGUUACUGAAAUAUCAGGCAUCAAAAGGUGUAAAAACUCUUAUUCCAAUGAACUUGUCAAGGUGAAUAUUCCACCUAGCAACUGUCUUAUAGCAGAGCAACAGGAAGUUAAAAUUUUGCUUGAAACUGUGCAGGAGCAAAUACGAAUUUUGACUGAUGCAAGAAGAAGAUCAGAGGACUUAGAAAUGGCAAGCGCAGAGACCGAGGAUUGCGCCAGUGAAAAUACUGCGUUCCUACCCCUGAGCCCAAAAGCAAAAACUGAACAGCAGGCACAAUUUGUCUUAAGAAAUGAAAUUCAAAGGGACUCAGCACUUCAUGUGUGAAUUUUGAAAUGAUUGGACCAUUUUGUCUGAUGCCUAACAUAUCAGAAACUGGAAAAAAAAAAAAAAAGAGAUAAAAGCAAACAAAUUAUUUAUAUGCAUUUAUUUAAGAGCAUCUACAUAGAAGAAACCAAAUAGUCUAUCGCCCUCAUACCAUAGUGUUUUCUAAACAAAAUAUUUUUUUAAGGGAAAGAAGAGGUUUGCAGAGAGACACAGCAUAGCUAAUGCAUUGGAGUCUUUACAUUUAUUCUAUGAUGAUCUUUAACUGGUUUGUCUGCUGUAGGGCUUUUAAUGCAUUGAGUACAAAUGCUAUAAAUCGUCCUGCAGUAGCAUAGAGGUUAAGUAACCACAGGGGUACAUGAUCUUUCCUCAAAAAGGGCCAAAAGUAUCACCAUUCGGAAACCAUAAUUGUAUUUUUGUUAUAUGAUUUUGUUGACAAUGAAAGUAAAAUGCCACAACUAUCCCAAUGAAACAAUAACAACGAUGACGUGUGUUACAUUUUCCUGUGUUACUUUCUGUGUUUUACUUAUUACACGUACAAAUCACACACACACACACGUGUGCUGUAGAACGUCUACAUUCUCAAAAGGAUGACUGACUUAACUUGCUAUUCUCCAUGUACAAGACCUCUACCUUGGAUGCCUCCUGUGGUGUAUUAUCCUCAAAAUGCAAGCAGACACAGAA